AUGGUAACAAAACAAUGGUUGAACGUCAUCCGAGAUCGAUCCGAGCUUUCAAUGAUGGCGAAUAAUCAUUUGGUCAAUCAAGUAAAUAAUGAAUUUUUGGAUUGUUUUGUAUCAAUAACAUUUGCACGCAAUAUUUUAAAUGACAAUUGGUUUAACAUGUUAGGACGUAUGACUCAAUUGACCACUUUGGAAAUUGGAAAUAAUCUAAUUGAUGACAAUAUGGUUAAAUUAAUUAGUGAAAUGAAACAGUUGACAGGCCUUGAUUUGGAAAUCAAUCAAAUCUUCAAUGAAGGAGCCAAAUCCAUCAGUGAAUUAAGAAAUUUGACCUACCUUAACAUUGGUAAUAAUCCCAUCAAUGAUGAAGGUAUAGAAUCAAUUAGUCAAUUAGACAAUCUUACUGAUCUAACAGUUAGCAGCUUGCGAAUUACAUCAAAAUCUGCAAAAUUUAUUUCAAAAUUGAAUAAUUUAACACUCCUAAAUAUUGCUUACAAUAAUAUUGGAGAUGAAGGAGCCAAAUUUAUAAGUGAAAUCAAAUCAUUGAAAAUUCUGGAUAUUUCGUUAAAUGGAAUUAGUCCUAUUGGCGCCAAGUCAAUUAGUGAAUUGGAUCAAUUGACUGUACUUUACAUUAGUCAAAAUUUUAGUAUUGGUGAUGAAGGAGCAAGGAUGAUUAGUGAAAUGAAACAAUUGAAUGAACUUUAUAUCCAAGAUUGUUUCAUUGGUAAUGCUGGUGCCAUCUCAAUCAGUAGAAUGGAUAAAUUAACACACCUAGAUAUUUCAGAAAAUGAAAUUCAGAUUGAAGGGGAGUCAGUCAUUCGUGAUAUGAAACACUUGUCUUAUCUUUCAAUUGAAGGUCAAUGUUUAUAUGGUUGA